AUGAACUUCAAGAAAGGUUUUCGCAGCUUAGUCAUGAUUACUUUCUUCUUUAUAACAGGUGCUUUCUUCCCUGUUUUAAAUAAAAUCAUUUUAAAAGCUGAAUUCACUUACAAAUAUGGUUUUACAUUAGGUUUUAACAAACCAUGGUUCCAAGUCUUCGCUCUUAACUUUGGUAUGAUAUUUUACGGCAUUCCGUUUCUUGUUCAUUUCUUUAAACGCAAAUGUAAUAAAAAUGUUGCAAUGCCGAAAUUAUUUUCUUGGGAAAUAUUCAGAAGAUGCGGAUUACCAUCUAUUCUUUACAUUGUAGCAUCUGUGCUUCAAACUUAUUCAUUAUUAACUAUGCCAGUUUCAGUAUGGCAAAUCUUUCAUAGUUUUCAAGUUCUUUUUACAACCCUUUUCGCCGUAACCGUUCUUAAACAGCGUCUAUUCUUGGUUGACUGGCUCGGCGUCUUCAUGAACGUUUUUGGUCUUAGUUUUUCAGGAGUUGCCGUAUUAUUACGUGGUAUUAGUAAGCAGAAUGAAAAAAUCUCCGAGCAAUUCAUUAUGAUGAUCCUCGCUAUUAUUUCUCAUGGUAUCAAAUCCUACCAAACUGUUAUGGAAGAAAAAAUUCUCAAAGAAACAAAAAUUUCAUCUUCGAAUCUUACGGCGUACGAAGGUUUGUGGGGCCUAUUUACCUUAGUUUUCAUCUGUUGGCCGAUAAUUAUGAUUCUUCCUCCCAAUUCCAGAUUAUCAGAAAAUAUUCCAGAAGCGUUCAUCCAAUUUUACUAUUCCACCCCUCUUACAUGGCUUUUCUUCUUCUACAUCAUCAUCGUCGUGCUCUUUACAUACGCAGGUAACCUUAUUACGCAAUAUAACACAGCUAUCAGAAGAAACAUGUACGAAACCAUCCGUCCACUAUUUGUAUGGUGUCUUUCAGUUGCUGCCACCAAGACUUUGAAGAAAUACCAAUUAAAUUUGAAUGAAGAUCUUGAUAACUUUACUUUCAUCGAAUUGACAGGUUUCUUGAUAUCCAUUGUUGGUUCUCUUAUCUAUAACCGUGUUUGGAGAUUCGGUUGCUUCAUUUACGCUGAACAAGAAGCCGAAUUACUUGAAUCCAACGAAAUUUCUCAGUCAUUGAUUAAUAUGAGUGGAGAUGUAUCACCACCACCAGUUCCUAUUCAUUAG